AGGCACGAUGCAAUUUCACAUUUUUUUUCUCUUCGUAAUUCCCAUCGCAUCUCCGCCCACAAGUGCGUCAUUCUUCACGAUCUGUUAUACUUGCACGGUUCCACCUCAUUAGUAUUUCCAUCGGCCGGGCGUCUAUUAUGUUACGAUGUUUGUACUCCCAUUUUUAUCCCAAUCAUCCCAGAGGCUCUCAUACGUAUGCUAAUAUCAUGCAUCAGGUAUGGACAUAUCUAACGCUAUAUCUAACGCCAUUUAAUUUUUUUGAGAGGUACAAACUUUUGUAAAAAUAUUUUUUUAAUACGCAACAUUAAGCACAACUGCGAAUGAAAUUUUUUCUCAAAAGUUCGAUUAAAUUAUCGUUAAUUAAUCGAGCUGCAAACAUUCAAGUUCUCCAAUUCUUCGAUCGCUGAUUUAAACUGACCAAAUUCUAUCCGUAUUAUAUAAAUAAUUUCGUGUAAGAACGGUAAAGAAACAUUAUUAUGGGAGUUGUAAAAAUUAGUUUCAUAUAUCACUCGUCAUGACUAUCUAUAAGAAAGCCAGUUUUCGCAUUUCCAUGUUUGCUUGUUAUAAUAAUUUUCUAGCUUUCUACUUUUUUUUAUAUCCAUACUCAAAAAAAAAUUUAUUGAAAAAUUAAAAUAUCUAGUCCGAUACGUUCAACUAAAUAUUAAGUUGAUUCAACAAUUAUAUUAUUUAGUUAGACAAAAAAUAUAGUUUAUUUACAUCAAUCAUAAAAAGUUUUAAUCAAGAAUUAAUGAAAUUAACUCAAUAUUUAGUGGAAUAUAUCAUUUUAGUUUGUCGAAAAAUUGUUUUCAAUAUAACAAUCAAGUAUUUGAUCAAUAAUACUGUAGUCGCGAUAGUUUGGACAGGGCCCACAUAAUAUUCGAUACAUUCCUCUUUCUACCUGGUCCCGACAAACUGAGAACCCCUGACACGGAACACCUGAAUACUUAAUAAACGGAUAAAAUUAACAUUAAUAACGUCUGUCUGUGGCUGAUCCACAUCUUAUCCGAGGACAAACGUGGUCGCUAGACCCACGUGAUAAACGCCUUACGAGACUCUCUCGAAAAGGGCAAGUCGUCAGUUUUUUCACGUCGUUUCUCUUCGGCGCGUCGAUGGAUGACAUCGGGGUUGACGAGAAAGUGCCGUUUGUGCUCGAUCAGGUAUCCAGGAUGGGACAAAAUUUAGAGGAAUAUCGCGCCGAGUUGAUGAAGAACGAGUCUGAAAACGAGAGCAAUGACGAAGAUUACGCGCGUUCGCCAGUGUUAUUAGAUCUAGAUGAGAACUCGAAGCAACAGCAGCAAAAAGCAGCGAGUCGGGAAGCGAACUCGCCGAGUUCCGCAGUGAAUCAACAGGAUCCACGAUUGGUACCAGACGAAACGGCGCGACCGCAGGUUAUAAGAGACAGAUGGCAAGAAACGGGCUUCGAGACGCGCGGGCCGCAGAAUCCCGAAGGAGUGCUCGUGAUUAGAGUACCGGAACCGGAAAUAAUCGGCAGCCAUCCGCAUCUCGAGAUGCUUCACGAGGCCAACAUCAAAUCGGUGCAACGGGAAUCGUCGCAGACUGAGAAAGGUGCGGCAGAGAAAGGUGCGGCAAUGUCGAAUUGCUCGUCGCCUGACUACAAGAAGUCGGCCUGCGAUCGCGAACGGACCCGAAUGCGCGACAUGAACCGUGCAUUUGAGCUACUACGGUCGAAACUGCCGAUAUGCAAGCCGCCAGGCAAAAAGCUCUCCAAGAUCGAAUCGCUACGCCACGCCAUCACGUACAUCAGACACCUGCAGAGUCUGCUGGAGCCGCAGUACAGCUAUGUACCUGGCGUGCCCGAUCGCGCCAGUGGCUAUUACGCGGCCCCGCCAGGUCCGCCGACGUCUUUCGAGGUGCAACAUCCGGCUGCGACCCGAUGGGAAUCCCUAGCUUACUACCGAUACGAUUAUCACGUACCCUUCGCCACUCCAUCGCCGCCGACCUUGGUACCGCCUCUGCAGCCAAGACUACCAGUAGAUCAAGAUGACCGGCAAUUCUCUUACGAAACACGUCACUAGUACAUUGAAGCGAAAACAUACUCCAUGAAAAAUUGAAAUUAGUUGAUGGAAUUUAUUUUGUAAUCUGACGGAUUUCUAUACUUCAUAGCGAAAUAUUAAUCUUUUAAGAGAAAGCAAAAUUUUUAUCUUCAAGAAAGAAAUUAGAUUGUUAUUCCAAGUUUUGUCUCAGAUUUAGAUUUAUUGUCCCAGACAAGACAUAAUAUUUAUGAAAUAUUUACAAAAUAUUUUGAUAACAUUUUAUACAAUAUAUAGCAUAAUAUUUAUUAUGAUAAAUAUUGAUGAUCUGUUCAAUUUAACAAUAAGACUAGAAAAAUAUUUAUAAAAUAUUUUGAUAAAUAUUUAUAAAUAUUUAUUAUAAAUAUUGUGUUAGCUUCGAAAACAUUUACAUGUUAAAAAUUACCUAAAUUGCAAUUUUUUAAGAGCGUGCAUAUAUGUGUUCGCGAUAUUCAAGAAGUUAAAAGAUAGAAGUGUUAGAAAUCCAUUAUAGCCAAAUAAAUUCUUUUAACUUUUCUAAAUUUUUAUGGAGUUUACUUUUACUGCAACUUUUUAAAAGCAAAGAUUUAAGUUUUCAAGAGAAAAAUAUGAAAGAUAAGAUUGCGAGAAAACAUAAAUGAAUACAAUUUAAGAAACGAAUAUUCUCAUGAAUCAUGCAAAAGAAGAAUUUAUACAAGUGUGCAUUAUUUAUAAAGAUUAAAGUAUAUUACAUUGUGGAGAAGAAAAAUUUAUAUAUUUUUCUUCACCAUAACGUAAUAUAUCAUUUCUGCAAAAA